AUGAUACGACGGAUAAAAAUAAACGACAACAGGCAACAGUCUGGUCUCUGCCCAGGCAGAUAUACUGGCAUUAUUAGUAGAGUGGGUUAUUUAACUGAUACACUUAUAGAGUGCUUCGCCCAGGAACACAGUGUAUUCAAACCUUAUUAUUCUUUUUCUUCUCCUUUCAUUACGCUAGAUGACAAUUUCAUAAGUGAAUUCAGGAUAAGCACACAAGCGGAAUGCGAAGAUAAGAAUGCAUACAAUACGUUAGAGGAUGCGCACUUGAAGAAAGAAGAAUAUGAUGAUGCAAUGUCAUACAGUACAAAAUGUCUUGCCAUCGCACAGGAAUCUGGUGAUAAAGUGGCUGAGAUGUAUGCGUACAUGACAUUAGGGAAUGCUCACUUGAAGAAAGGAGAAUAUGAUGAUGCUAUAUCAUACAGUAAAAAAUGUCUUGACAUCGCACAAGACUCUGGUGAUAAAGUGACUGAGAUGCAUGCGUACAUGACGUUAGGAAAUGCCCACUUGAUGAAAGAAGAAUAUGAUGAUGCAAUAUCAUACAGUAAAAAAUGUCUUGCCAUCGCACAAGAAUCUGGUCAUAAAGUUCCUGAGAUGGGUGCAUACAUGAUGUUACGGAAUGCCCACUUGAAGAAAGAAGAAUAUGACGAUGCUAUAUCAUACGGUAAAAAAUGUCUUACCAUCGMACAAGAAUCUGGUGAUAAAGUUCCUGAGAUGGGUGCAUACAUGAUGUUAGGGGAUGCCCACUUGAAGAAAGAAGAAUAUGACGAUGCUAUAUCAUACGGUAAAAAAUGUCUUACCAUCGCACAAGAAUCUGGUGAUAAAGAGGCUGAGAUAAAUGCGUACAUGACGUUAGGGAAUGCUCACUUGAAGAAAGGAGAAUAUGAUGAUGCUAUAUCAUACAGUAAAAAAUGUCUUGACAUCGCACAAGACUCUGGUGAUAAAGUGACUGAGAUGCAUUCGUACAUGACGUUAGGAAAUGCCCACUUGAUGAAAGAAGAAUAUGAUGAUGCAAUAUCAUACAGUAAAAAAUGUCUUGCCAUCGCACAAGACUCUGGUGAUAAAGUGACUGAGAUGCAUGCGUAUAAGAUAUUAGGGAAUGCCCACUUGAUGAAAGAAGAAUAUGAUGAUGCAAUAUCAUACAGUAAAAAAUGUCUUGCCAUAGCACAAGACUCUGGUGAUAAAGUACAUGAGAUGAAUGCAUACAUGAUGUUAGGGAAUGCCCACUUGCUGAAAGAAGAAUGUGAUGCUGCUAUAUUAUACAGUAGAAAAUGUCUUACCAUCGCACUAGCAUCUGGUGAUAAAGUGGCUGAGAUGAAGGCGUUCAUACUGUUAGGGGAUGCCCACUUGGAAAAAGAAGAGUACGAUGAUGCUUACUCCUUCUUUACACAAGGCAGGACAAUAGCGAAGGAACUAGGAGACAACUAUAACGACAUCUUUUUUGGAACACGUAUAAACGGAAUUUAUGAAAUAGUUGGCGUGUCUGAAGGAUAUAGUGAAUUAUUCUCAGAACUUGAAUUCCCGGAAGGGUUUCUAGAUGGUAUUCAAAUUACUGACAGGUUUUUGCAUUCGCUGCUUGGCUAUGUGCGUAAUAAAGCAAGUAGCCAAUACAAGGAAGCCAUUUCAUGUCUUGAGACUUGUAUGGCACUCGGAAAGAACAGUAUCAAUAAAGAUGAAUAUCGUAGGCAAUUAUGGACUUGUAUGCAUGAAAUCGCAGAGAUGCAUGUGUUACUUGGGGACUACGAGAAGGGUAUACAGUAUCAACAAGAAGCACUAGAUGUCGCACGCAAACAGGGCUCAAAGUCCAAACAGGCAAAGUCCCAUUUUAGCCUAGGCAAAGUCUUUUAUAAACUUAAACAGUUUGAGAAUGCAGAGCAGUCAUUCAAAGAAUCGUUAAUGUGCUAUGAAUUAAUAUUUAUUGGUCUUAAGCAAAACGAUCUAUUCAAAAUAGCUUUCGUUGAUCAAUACAAAGAGACUUACAAGCUGCUUCUGAAGGUUCUUAUUGAAAGAAAUAAGAAAGAAGAAGCUCUGGUAUUGUCUGACCACUAUCGUGCAAAAGCCCUGAAAGAUCUCCUUGUUUCAAGCUAUGGGAUGAAGAAAGAACAAACUGCUGAUGAGGGUUUACAGUACGCCGAUGUCCAGUCUCUUGUUUCCAGUAGUAACUACACUCUUCUGUUUUAUUCGACGUGUUUUGAAGAUUUGUACACGUUUGUAGUAGAGGCAGGAAAUGAGCUUGGAUUUUCAGAUCAGCAUUUUGAAUACUGUGAUAUAUGUCUAGACAAGCUUGUUGAUGAAACAUAUGACGAUAUGAAAGUGCGUCAAGUAAUCCACUGUGAGGACAGAUCAUUAGACAACAUGCACUACUUUGAAGAAAACAAAAAUCCCAAAGAAGAUGAGUUAACGCAGCUGUUAAUUCAACACCGAGAGAAAAGGUUAUCAGAUCAAUGUCGUUCUAUUUCUGAAUGCAGAGGAAACCCAACAGAAAACUGCGCGGAGAGCAGUCUGACAAGUGGCCUGGAAAAAUCGUACAAUAAGUUAAUAACCAAUAUCAAGUGUUUGAUUAAACAAGACGAAAUGGUCAUUAUUCCUGAAGGUGCUUUGUGCAGAUUACCAUUUGCUGCCCUACGGGACCCAGACACGGGACAAUAUUUGUCAGAAACAAAGCGAAUAAGAAUGGCUCCUUCGAUGGCAUCUUUAAAGCUUCUCCAAGAAUACCCAGUGGAGCAUCACUCCAGAAAAGAAGCACUGAUCAUUGGCGCUGCCGUCGUUGGUCCGGUAAUGUUGGAUGGAGUUGAAACUAAAAUUCCGUUCUUAGAUGGCAUAAUACAAGAGGCAGAUGAAAUAGCUAUCAUGCUUGGAGUUCGGGCGCUAUUGUCAGCUUACGCUACGAAACCCGUUGUCAUAAAGAGACUACAAGAAGGAGCGUCUGUUGUUCACAUCGCUGCACACGGUAGCCUGGAAAAGGCCACCAUCGUACUUGCUCCUUCUCCUGAGAUAAGAGCAUCAAAGAUCCCAGAUGAAGAAGAUUACAUGCUGACCAUGGCUGAUGUACAGCAGACUCAAGUACGUGCACAGUUAGUUGUGUUAAGCUGCUGUCACAGUGGGCGUGCUGGUGACAACUCAAGGAAACCAGGCUUUAACGAAACGCCUUCCAUUAUGGCCAGUGGCUUAACUUUAGGAGACAUACUAUGA